CUGGCCGGUCACAGCGCAGUGGAGUCCGGCAGCAGCAGGUCGGAGCAGCGGGGUCAGGAGCAGAGUUUGACCGGAGAUCAGCAGUGAGGAGCCGGGGAGGCUCCGGUCCUCCAUGCCGGACUUUGAGCGUGUUUCAGCCUCUUUUCUCCGCGCUCCCGCCGCUCUCUGAGGGGAAUAACGGAGUUACCGUCAAAGUGGGAGAAGUCCCGUCAUCAGCCCGGUACCGGAAGCCUGACAGCCGCCAACAUGAAGAAGAACUCCUCCGGGAAACGGGGCCCGCUGGACUCGGCGCCACCGCUCGCUCAGCCCGAGAAGGUCGGCUGGAUCAGAAAGUUCUGCGGGAAAGGGAUCUUCAGGGAGAUCUGGAAGAACCGGUUUGUGGUUCUGAGGGCAGAUCAGCUGUUCAUCUGUGAGAAAGAGGUGAAGGACCUAGGUCGGGCUGACCAGGUGUGUGACCUGUCGGACUACGAGCGCUGUGAAGAGAUCAGAAAGAACAAGAGCCGCAGCAAAAAGAACCACAGCAAGUUCAGACUGCAGCGCUGCAGCUCACCUGGAAACACGGUUCCUAACCUGGUGUUCCUCGCCGUCAGCCCCGAGGAGAAGGAGUCAUGGAUCAACGUCCUGAACGCAGCCAUCAUACGAGCCCAGAACAGAAUCCUGGACGAGGUGACUGUAGACGACUCCCAGCUGUCUCACCUGACCAGAGACCGAGUCAAGAUCCCCCACAACCGCCGGCUGCCCACCAGAGGACACCUGCUGGCCGUGGCCUCCACCUCCUCCUCAGACGGGAUGCUGACUCUGGACCUUAUCCAGGAGGAGGAGUCUGAGCCUCCUCGCGGAGCAGACGGCUGUGAUGCCUUCAGGGUCGACUUGGACAAAUCUGUGUCCCACCUCAGCCCAGACUGUACCCGAUCAAAAACUGAUGGCGCUCUCUCAGUGCGCUCCACUGAGGCUUGUGGAAAAUCUCGGAGCCUUCCUCGGGAGGUGGCGGUGGUUUGGGAACAUACAGGUCCCGCCCACACCCCCCAGCCAGGAAAACGUCUGACGCCCGCUGAGAAGAACCGCUGCGCCUCUAUGGACGAGAUCCUGACGCACUCAGAGAGCCGAGCAAUGAAAAACAAGAACCGCUCUCCGGUGGCGACGCUGAGCGGCACGCCAGCGCCCGUCAGCCGGCUGCAGGAUCUGAUCAGCCAGAAACUGGAGCAGACGGAGCGGCUGCUGACUGAGGUGCGAAGGGAGGGGGAGGGGGAGGCAGGGGAGCGAGGGAGGAUGAAGGGGAAGGAGAGGACUGAAGCAGAGCGACUCCUGAAGGAGGCGACGGCGGCCUGGAGUCAGGCCCGUGAGGUGCUGGAGGAGGUCAAGGAGCUGAGAGUGCUGUACCAACAACUGGACUCCUCCUCCCCCCUCCUCACCCCCACUACCCCCCUCCUCACCCCCUCCAACAGCAACAAACUGAACCCAGAGAGAAAGAGCCCACAGUGAGCGGACCGGGUGAGACUCAGCAUGGACGCUCCUGCUGACGGAUCAUCUUCUUUAAAAACUAACAAGUUGCAUUAGUAUGACUGAAGGCAGGUCCUUGAAAAGUCCUCAAAGUGUCUUUGUUGCACAAACAAAACAAAACCAGCAGAAACUGAUCUGAAGUCUGUCGUCACAGCGAGCGAGAAAGUGCCAAGAUGAGCGAUCAGACCGAGCAGCAACCUCCAGUGUUUAAAAAAUGAAGCCGACGAUGAAGUGUAAAGUCCUGCAGUUCCUGGAGUGUCCACUAGAGGCUGGCUGCAGCAGCACAGGAAGUCACAUACACACCCAUUCUAAAAAGCCUGUUUUUACAGCAGAGAUUAACUUGUUUACAGCCUGGUUCAAAAAACCAAAUAGGUGUGAUUAGCUCAUGUCUCGAUGGACACACACUGUACGGGGGGUGAAUGUUUUGAUGACUCAUCAGUUUUGAUUUGAUGAAGGAUAAGAGUUAUUCACAAUAAGGCGUGUAGCUGACCUGAUUGACAGGUGGGCGCGGUGUAACGGUUUGUCAGGAGGUUUAAAACCCGCCUCAGCUCCAGCUCUCAGCCUGUCGUUAGGUUGACUGAAAGUUAGACUGAGACAGCAUUUCCAGCAUGGAGACCGCCACCGAUGGGACUCCAGCGCCCCCUGCAGGAACAGACGGGUGACGUCACUCAGGCUUCAAACAUUCAGAUUUACAGUUUUUGAAUCAGACUCUUGUUCCUCUCUGUUCACCUUUGUCCUUUUUAUUUCUGUAUUAAGAUAAUUUAAAUGAAUCGCUAAUCAGCUGAUCUGAGGUCUGUGUCCGUUAACGCCCGACAUUGUCUGCUGAGACGACGACUCGCUUGUCAAUCAGCGCUGACAGACUGACAGUUUAAAGGCGGGAUAUUCACGCCUUUGUUGCGCCUGGCGUGCAAAGUGUAACGCACUGAGUGUUGGGGCAAGGUCGUUCCUGAUUCGCUGAUAUGGAUGAAAUAUGAGCUGUUAUCUGUACUGGGCUAAGGUCCCUUCUCCCUCACGGACCAAUCAAAAGAAGGGGCAGGACUUCUGAUGUCAGGACAUGAUUUGUUUACAUCGUUAUGUUUUUAAUUAAAUAAAACAUUUAACACAGACCAAUCAAGAGCCGGCAUUACAGUCACAACCAGGGGAGGCAGAAGUGCCACGAGCUGACUUUGGUAACCUAGCAACAGUAAGCGCCAGUACGAGACAUUCAGAAACGGAGGUGGAGAGCGCCGCAGCGUUAACGGACACAGACCCUGAAACAGCUGUCGGUACGAAUGAAAAAUGAUUGAAGGUACAUCAGUAAACUUUUGUCUACAGCGCCAUCAUCAGGUCGAUAUGUUCAUGUGUCUGACUUAACCUUAUUUACAGUCUUCAGGAGAGACUGCGUGUGUUAGCUUAGCAUCAGGCUGCUAGCCUGGCUCUGCAGAGUGUGACCUCAGAUCAGUUUGUAAUAUUCCUUUAAUGUCUUCCUGUUUGUAGUUUGUGUUCUCUGUGGCACCCAGCAGUUGCUGUAGCCUUAACGCCAGAGAGGAUGAUGGGAGAUGUAGUCCAGUAGUGAUGUAGGCUGGUUCUGUGAUCAGCUCAUGUGCUCAAAUAAAAACCUGCAAAAUGAA